AUGGGAUAUGUGUUGAAAAAGGCUGACUACAAAGUAAGAGUGAAAACAGACAACCUUGUUGGAUCCGGCACAGAUGCAGAUGUACAUAUCAUCCUAUAUAACGAAUCGGGCCAGGCCUCACGUACAACGGAGCUUACCAAGCUUGGUAACGACUUCGAACGUGGUGAUACUGAUUCCUUUGCUAUUUAUGAUAUGCCGAAUUUUGGUCCCGUCGCUCGGAUAGAGAUAUGGCGAGAUUCUUGGUUAGAUGACUCGUGGUACGUCGACUACAUUGAAGUCGAAGACAAAUCACACAGAAUGAAGUAUCCGUUUCCGAUUCAACGAUGGAUCACUCGACGGCAUCUGGUAAUCGACAAGUACGACUCCUCGCUUCCUCAAGAUUCAUCACAGCCAGAACAAAUGAGAUUGGAGUUGGACCGAGAACUGAACAAAUAUCAGUUUGUAACGCUCAACGAAGGAUUACCGCCAGUGAAUAUGCAAUUUUGGGACAAGGAUUGGUAUUUCGGGGCGCAAAGGCUUAUGGGAUGUAAUGCCGCUCAAAUUAAACUCUGCACCGAGAUACCAAGCAAAUUCGGUGUAACAAAUGAGCUGGUCGAUGGUUUGUUGGACAACAUGUCACUGGACGAGGCUUUAUCGAACGAGCAAUUAUUUAUUGUCGACCACAAAAUACUGGACGGUAUUACAAGCACGAAGCUGAAUGAUCAAAUGGUACUGUGUGCACCCAUUGCUUUGUUCUUUGUAAACAAAGAGGAGCAGUUAGUUCCUGUAGCGAUUCAGCUCUUCCAAGAAAAAGGAGUUGACAAUCCAUUAGGUGUUUACUCAUGUGUUUAUGUGUUUUCGCCAACCAAUCCAAAAUACACGUGGAUGUUUUUUAACAACGCUGAUGCUGUCAUUCAUGAACCAUCAACUCAUUUACUUUGCACUCACUUGAUAAUGGAGUGCUUUGCUGUGUGUAUGCAUAGACGCCUGUCACAAUCUCACCCUAUCUUCCGGCUGUUGGAACCUCACUUCCAGUACCUGAUAUCCGUUAAUCAUAUUGGAUUACCAGUUUUAUUGGACCCCGAUGGUUGGUUUGACAGAGUGCUGACAGGUGGUAGAGAAGUUGCCUUUGAGAAUCUCGAAAUGAACAACAUUAUUUCUAUUGUUCCAUUAGAAGACACGGAGAAACUGACUAAUGAGUGGGAACUGCAGGACUGGGCUGAUGAUGUACAUGUUUUUGUAAUGCAGGGUAUGCCCGGCAAUGGCAAGUUUUCCACCAAGACUGAAUUGAUAGACACUCUUACAUCUGUAAUAUUCAUUUGUUCAGUGGGACAUGCAUCUGUUAAUUUCAACCAAUAUGAUGAGUAUAGUUCACCAUUACGAUACUCCAUGAAAUUGCUAGGACAGCCACCUGAAUCAGCAGAGGUUGCGUUGACCGAAAGCGAUAUAUUACAGCAUAUUCCCAACAAAACUACGGUUAUCGAAGCAGUGGUCAUGACAAAGACAUUAAGUUCCCAUGGCACGCAAUCAUUAGGCUAUUUCGAUGAGAUGUUCCAGAAAGACCCGAUUUCUAUCAAUGCACUUAGAGAUUUUAGAGAAAAUCUGAUUGAAGUGGGCAAGAUUAUUGAGAGCAGGAACAAGGACCGGAUAGCCAAGUACCUAUACCUUCAUCCAAGUCUUCUGCAAAAUGCGAUUUCAAUUUAA